AUGAAGUGGUACCAGAUCGCCACUUUCGCCGUACCCGCGCAGGCCGCACUACGCUUCGGAUGCUCGACAUUGAGCAUUCAGCGGCUUGAUCCGCUCGUUGAGCCAGGCAAACUUCCUUCCGCUCACGUUCACCAAAUCGUUGGAGGCAAUGCAUUCAACGCGACUAUGCAGGAAGAUCCAUCUACCAUAGCUACCUGCACUACAUGCACAUUCUCCGAAGACUUCAGCAACUACUGGACUGCAGCCAUGUUCUUUAAGCAUACGAACGGCUCCUACAAACGGGUACCCAUUAUGCAGAACAGUGCUUUGCCCAACGGCAUCAACGGUGGCAUGACUAUCUACUAUACGCAACAAGAUUUCAACAGUAAUGGUAAUCAGAAGAUAACCGCGUUCCCCAAGGGCUUCCGCAUGACCGUGGGAUCUCCCACCACCAACACUGUAGAAGACGCGAAGAAGCACCCCGGUCUUCGCUUUGUUUGUCUGCAAGACAAGAACACUCGUUUCCCGGAGUCCCCAGAUUUCCCACCCAAGGCCUGCAAAGGCGGCAUCAUGACUGUGCAUCACUUCCCAUCAUGCUGGGACGGCAAGAAUGUCGACUCUCCCAACCACCAAGAUCACAUGUACAACACAGCCAAAGAAGCCUUCAGUCCCGCAGGUGCAUGCCCAUCUUCUCACCCAGUCCGCAUGCCACAAGUCGCCUACGAGACGCUGUGGGAUACUACGCAGUUCAACAACAUGUGGCCCAAGGAUGGCUCCAAUCCUUUCUUCCUUUCUUACAAUGACAACAAAGGCUACGGUACCCACGCUGAUUACCUCUUUGGCUGGAAGGACGACAGUUUGCAGAAGGCUAUGGACAACAGCUGCAUGUUUCAGGCAUGUGAGAAUGGAAGACCGUUGAAGAGCCAGAAUGUUCAAGCGAUGAAUAAGUGCCAGGUCAAGAGCGCUAUCAAGGAGGACCUGGAUGGAUGGCUCGACCAUCUACCGGGUAUGGCGAUGUAG